AUGAAGUUUUCUGCCUCGUUGUUGACGCUUUUUGCCGUGACCCUGGCCUUUAAGGUGCCCGGAUUUGGGUUCUUUGAUGAAAAUGUAGUGCAAUUGGGCCAUGACUCUUUCAAUAUGGAUUCUUUGGCAGAAAAAAGUUCCGAGUUCUUGAGCUAUCUUCGCAAUUUGGAAUCGGAAAUGGCCAAGGCUCCGGAACAGGAUCGCCAUCUCCUUCGUUCGGCUUGGAAAGAAUUGGCCAAGAUGUCUCCAUCAAAACAGCUUGAGUACCUCCGUCGGUACCAGAGCAAAUUCCACGUGAACCAGGACCAAAUGAACAAUAAGGUGGUUGCAACACAAAACGAUGACCAGUACGAAACCGUCACAUCGCAGAAAUUCGAAGGUUACAGCUUGUCAAUUGCCAAGACUAAGCCGGAAUCUUUGGGUUUGGACACCGUCAAGCAACACACCGGUUAUCUUGACGUUGAUGCUUUGGAUAAGCACUUCUUUUACUGGUUUUUCGAGUCCAGAAACGACCCCGAAAACGACCCAAUUAUCUUGUGGUUGAACGGAGGUCCCGGAUGCUCUUCUUCCACCGGUCUUCUCUUUGAGUUGGGACCUUCCUUUAUUGACUCCAAGUUAAAACCAGUCUACAACCCUUACUCGUGGAACACAAAUGCAUCGGUCAUCUUUUUGGACCAGCCCGUAGGCGUUGGUUAUUCAUACUCUAACGGAGAACAAAUCACCAACACCGCUGCAGCUGCCAAGGAUGUGUUUGUGUUCUUGGAAUUGUUCUUCCAAAAGUUUCCUCAAUUCUUGAACAACAAAUUCCACAUCUCGGGUGAGUCUUACGCCGGUCACUAUAUCCCCAGCUUUGCCAGCGAAAUUGUCAACAGGGCCGACAGAACUUUCGAAUUGUCUUCCGUCUUGAUUGGAAAUGGUAUCACCGACGCAUUGAUUCAACAUGCUUCUUACAAGCCAAUGGGUUGUGGCGAAGGUGGCUACAAGCAAGUUCUCUCCGACGAAACUUGUGACCUGAUGGAUGGAAUCUACAAGAGAUGUGCUGCUUUGACAAAAUUGUGCUACAAUGCUCCUUCAGCUCUCACUUGUGUCCCUCCAACCGUGUACUGUAACAAGUUGAUGGAGCCCUUCAUGGACCUCGGCUUGAACCCUUACGAUAUUAGAAGACAAUGCGACGACGACGGAGGGCUCUGUUACGUGGAAAUGUCCUGGCUCGACGACUACUUGAACCUUGACGAAGUUAAGAAGGCGGUUGGAUCCAAGGUUGAUUUAUUCACCAGUUGCGACGACACUGUGUUCAACAACUUCAUUCUUUCUGGUGACGAAGCCAAGCCAUUCCAGCAGUAUGUCGCUGAGCUUCUCGAAAAGGGGGUUCCUGUGUUGCUUUACGCAGGUGACAAGGACAUCAUUUGCAACUGGUUAGGAAACCACUACUGGUCCGACGCUUUGGACUAUUCUGAGCACGAGGCAUUCAGCAGUGCUCCAUUGGUUCCAUGGGUCAACAACCAAGGAGAGCAAGCUGGUGAAGUCAAGAACCACGGAAUUUUUACGUUUUUGAGAGUUUAUGAUGCCGGCCACAUGGUUCCUCACGACCAACCAUACAAUGCGUUGGAAAUGGUCAACAGAUGGGUCAGUGGAAACUACAACUUUCAGUAA